CCCACCGCUAUAGGACAUAUAGCUGGCUGUAUAAAGUGUCGUGUCUUGUUCACUGACUACACAGCAACAGCAGCAUAAAUCAUCACCCUGCUACUGCAAAUUGACGGGGAAAAACUGUUUGACCAUGAUGUCCCUGUACUUGGCAGUGUUGGUGCUCUGUAUGAGUGCUGUGUAUGCGGCCCCUAUGUUUGACUCUCAGUUGGAGGGCCACUGGCACUUGUGGAAGAACUGGCACAGCAAGAACUACCAUGAGAGUGAGGAGGGCUGGAGGAGGAUGGUUUGGGAAAAGAACCUGAAAAAAAUUGAGAUGCACAACCUGGACCAUUCUAUGGGAAAACACUCCUACCGUCUGGGCAUGAACAACUUUGGUGACAUGACCAACGAAGAGUUCAGGCAGCUCAUGAACGGCUACAAGCAGACGACUGAGAGGAAGUACAAGGGCUCUCUGUUCAUGGAACCCAAUUACCUGCAGGUCCCUGAAGCUGUGGACUGGAGAGAGAAGGGCUACGUCACUCCCAUCAAGAACCAGUGCUCAUGUGGGUCUUGCUGGGCGUUCAGUUCCACCGGAGCCAUAGAGGGCCAGCAAUUCAGGAAGACUGGCAAUCUGGUGUCUCUGAGUGAACAGAACCUGAUGGACUGCUCCAGACCCCAGGGCAACGAGGGCUGUAAUGGAGGUCUCAUGGACUUGGCGUUCCAGUAUGUAAAGGACAACGGCGGCCUGGACACAGAGGCGUCCUACCCCUAUGUGGGCAAGGAUGAUGAUCUUUGUCACUACCGACCCGAGUUCAGUGCUGUCAAUGAAACUGGCUUUGUGGACAUCCCCAGUGGCAAAGAACACGCUCUGAUGACGGCUGUGGCGUCUGUCGGCCCCGUCUCUGUCGCCAUCGAUGCCAGCCACGAAUCCUUCCAGUUCUACCAGUCUGGGAUCUAUUAUGAGGAGAAGUGCAGCAGUGAGGAGCUUGACCAUGGAGUUCUGGUGGUGGGAUACGGUUUUGAAGGAGAGGAUGUAGAUUGCAAUAAAUUCUGGAUUGUCAAGAACAGCUGGAGCGAGAAAUGGGGAGACAAAGGCUACAUCUACAUGGCCAAAGACAGGAAUAACCACUGUGGCAUCGCCACGGCAGCCAGCUACCCACUGGUCUAGUGUUCUGUAAGUUCUCGAACACUAGACCCAGAGUUGUAGUUUUAGAGAUGUUUGACAAACGUUCUGAAAAAAGGGCCAUGACGACUGCAGUUCUGCCUUAACUAAGUCUGUGAAAUGCGCAAGAGAAACCUGCUGCAUGGGUUUAAAGAAACACUGUUUUAAAGAAACACUGGGAAAUUAUGAAUAUUCUACCUAUUUUGUUUUAUACUUGAUUUUAUGUGUGUCGGUGCGAUUGUAUGUGUGUGUAUAGAUCUAUUUGAGUUAACCAUUCCGUUUAUUUGUAACUUUACUUGAUGAGACCAGCUAGACUACAUUCUCUAGCACAUGUCAGUUUGUGCUUACUGUUUGUGUUUACAAGACACAGAAUAUAUAUAUAUAUUCCUGAGGUUUGUUUCUGAAAGUGAGGGACAAAAAGAGAAUGGUACACCUGGGUUUGUUUCCUCCAUUGCCUUUUAUCUGCAGCUUGUGUUUGAGUAAAGGUGUUGAAUAGUAAUGCCUAGACAAGAGCCUAGUGAUGCUGAGACUGAUAUGCCUCCGGGUGGUGAGAGGAGAUGUAUAACAUUCUAACACACACAUGUAGAUGAGUUCAAAUUGUGUUUAAUAAUAAUAAACUACAUUCAUCAA